UUUUUCUACCCAAGACAAACAUUAGCAUUAGAACGGGAAAUGUUGCAUCCAUAUUCUCAUAGAACCAUCCUGGUGGCCUGCAAUAUAUAUAUUCUUUCUAGUGCACCAUUUUUUUUGCAAACCAUGCUGGCUGUGUCGCCAUGCCAAAACUAGUAGCCAUAGCCAAAGUCGAUGGCUGUAAUAAUAAAGGCGGGCCCACAGAAAAAGUUGCUCAAAAGCGUUAAUCUUCCUCGCUCUAGCCGACGGCUAUUUAACGGAAAGCCUUCGCGGCUUGGCGCUACCACCCUGCACUUUCACCUCCUCCCUCCAUCGCACCCACCGCCGCGUCGCCCGUGAUACUCCGCGGGCCGCGGCCGAGCGCGCGCCGGCAGGAUGAGCUCCACGGCGGCCGACGUCCACCCGGCGCUGCCGCCGAUCAAGACCACGCCGCCGGCGCCGGCGCCGGAGCCCGCCGCCUGCUCCUCGGCGGCAUCGUCGUCGACGGCAACGGCGCCGGACGCCGAGUCGGUGGCGACCUUGCCGUCGGCGGCGGAGAAUCAGCAGCAGCAGCAGCACCAGGGGGAGGCGGAGUUGGAGGCCCAGGAGACGGAGCCCACGACGCCGACGUCAGAGGGGAGCCAGCUGCGGGCGCCGGCCGAGUGCCCGCCGGCGCCGCGGAAGCCGGCGUGGGCGCCUCCGUCGUCAACGCCCGCCAAGCGCAAGUUCCCGUCUUCCGCCGCGCCGUCGGCGCGCCGGGCCUUCUUCCCUGUCGCGCGCGACCUCACCACCGUGUUCCGCGCCCUGCCGCCGCCCAAGAAGCGGAUCCGCGCGGGCUGACCGGCUGGCGGGACCGAUCCGCGCCGCCGUGGCUCAGCUGGCCGCCAACUCUGUUGUCCCUGGCGUGCAGGACAGGAGGAGGGCAGCGGCCGCGACCUCACCGGCGUCGACUCGUGCGGGGCGGUCGGCGGCGGCGGCGGCGGCUCAUGGAUCGAUCUGGGUGUCCGCCAUUGGCCGCGACGACGCCUUAAUAGGUGCGCGGUCAUGGCAUGGUACAGAGCUCUCUCGUACAAUUAUAAGUUGUUGGUUUAUUAAAAUUUUCCUCUGUUUUUUUUGGGGGGGAAAUUGUAGAAUUGAGAAAAUGGUGUUAUUUAUAUUAUAGGGGGGAUGUAUUGGAAAAAUGAAAGCUUGUAAAGAGAUUUGUUUCAAAAAGAAAGCUUGUAAAGAGAAUUCCCAGAGAUUUGUUCAUUAUAUUUGUUGAACUAUAUAGUCACCUAAAGAAAAAAGAUCAUGGGCUUAGCGCUCGUACUGUA